AUGAAGCUGCUAAUUCUACUAGGACUAAUAGCUUCAGGCUAUGGGGAUAAAUUGGAUAGGACAUAUCUACCACCCCCAAAUGCAGGGUCUGCCGGUGGAAGCCCCGGUGCAAUUACUGCUCCAGGUUCACAGUUCGGUCCCGCUGGAUUGGCCGGUCCACAUGUUAAUGGACAACAGUCUUUUGGACCAGCCAUAGGUCAAAACCAGAUCGGACAACAGGCUACACAACCUACUGGCCCUGUUUCCUCAUUUUCGGGGGCAGAUUCGAGACAACCUAGCUCAUUGUAUGGUCCAGCUAAUAGACCUAAUCAACCUAAUGCUGGCUUCAACUCUCCUUCCGAAACUGGUUCUAAUUUUGGAUCGAAUUAUCCCUCUAACUUCGAGGCGCCUUCCAGUAGUUUCAAUCAACAAGGACAAGCCAUCAACAGUCCGACAUUUAAUAACGGAAACGGACAAGCUCCAUCAAGAUUUUCCCCGCAAAAUCAACCCGAGCGUCCUCAAGCUGGUGCCGACAGAAAUGCUGAAAUUCUAAAAUAUAUAAAUGAAAACGACGGAGAUCGAUUCACUUACAGUUUUGAAACUUCCAACGGUAUAUCAGCUGAAGAAGCCGGGGUAGCUGCUGAUGGAGUUAGAGCUCAAGGUGGUUAUUCCUAUACUGGCGAUGAUGGAAAAGAAUAUUCAGUUACGUAUACUGCUGAUGAACAGGGUUUUCAGCCACAAGGAGAGCAUUUACCAACACCCCAUCCAAUUCCUGAAGAAAUAUUGAAGUCUAUCGAGAAGAAUGCACAAGCGGCGGUAGCUGGAACACAAGAAGGCGCGUACCGACCGGAAGAGUACGAAUCUGGUGAUAAUCCUGAAGGAUACAACUAUAAUGCCAACAAACCUCAGGCGCAAGGACAAGCGCCAACUCAACAAUAUAGCUCCGUACCGAAUAGGCCUAUACCUGACAACUCUGGAUUUCAAAGUACUAAACCUUUUGGUCAAAGCAGUCAGACAUUUUCCAAUUCUUUAGAUCAACCCCAAAACAAGCCUUCAAGUUUCUUUGGUUCAUUUGAACCUUCAACCCAAGGUUUAGGUCAAGGUAAUCAAGAUAGGAUAGGACAAGGAUUUGGAUCUAACAAUCAAAAUCAGUCUCCAAGACAACCCGGCUAUGACUACAAUCGCCCCCAAGCUACACAGUAUAACACUGGUUCAAGGCCUUUUAGCCCGGAUUCACAAUCUCGCCCACAAUCAACCUUCUCUAGCGGUCAGCAAACUUCAAUCAACCCAUUCAACAACCCUUCAAAUUCACAAUAUACAAGUAGACCAAGCAAUCAGCCACAACAAACCCAAUUUGGUUCCACCGGAUCCUUUAAUCAAGCAAAUCAGUAUUCUAACCAGCCUAUUUCCUCUACAACUGCUAACCAGCCUGGUGUUGGUCAGUUCAAUAAUAUCAACAAACCUUCACGUCCUCAGUAUCAAACAAAUAAUCAAGCCGCCGUUUCUGGUAACAUUUCCCCUAACCGCGGACCAGCAUCAGGUGUAGGACCAAUUCAGGCGCCUUAUCAGUAUGAUAGACCAUCUCAAUCAUUUGGCGCUAAAGAACAGAACUCACAAACAGGCUUCAACAGGCCAUCAAGUCAAGGGCAGUACCAGUCAAAUUACAACCGACCAGCUCAAGGUCUGCAGUCAAGUUUUAACCGUCCAAGCCAACUUUUAGGAUCGCGACCUCUCACUCAAGGAGCACAAUCACUUAACCAACAAAAUUACAACGGUCCUUCUCAAGGAUCUCAGCCAACUCUUUAUCGAGCUCCGGUGAAAGGAACACAAACUAACCGUCCAUCAAGCCAGGGUUCGUUCCAAGGGAAUCAGUCCAGGGAUCCAUCGCAACCUGGUUUUAGCAAUCAGGAACAAUUCAGUGGACCUCGUCAACCACCAAGCUUCAACGCUCAAGAGGGUUAUAAAUAUUAG